AGCAGGGCGCGCGAUCCGAUCGGUGGGUGCGCGCUGGGCCAGGGGCGGGGAUUCAAGACUGGGGCAACCCGGGUGCACGGGGCUAGAGUCCUCCUAGAGCCCGCCUGGUGAGAAUCUCCUUCUAGACUUUGGCAUCGACCGGUUGGUCCUUAGCCAGGAUGUCCAAGACACUGUCCUCUACAAUGCCCACCAGCAUUACCUCUGACUGGAGCAGCCUGGACUCCUUGAUCAACAGCUCUUCUUCAGUCAUUGAAGAAAAAACGAAGAAGAAGCCAAAAAAGGGCAAAGGGGCUAAGAUCCGUCCUGACCCCUCCAUGAACCCUUUCCACAUAUCGGGAGAUAUGGAUUUCUUCCGGCUCCGAGACCAGGAGCGAAUCAAGGCUAUUUCAGACCGUGAGCUAAACAAGACGAUGCGGGUGCACCAGAAGAUGACCUACUCAUACAAAGUGUCAGCCAAGCACACCAGCCUGCUCCGAGAGCUGCAGCUGGAAGAAGAGACAGAGGACGAGGAGCUGAAGGAAGAGGCCCAGAAGCUGUGGAAUUUCCGUAACAACACAGCUUGGAAGCUCGCCAUGACACGAGAAAAGAACGUGGAGCCCGACAGGCUGGGCAGGUACAUAGAGCAGAAGCGGAAGAUGUUCCUCCUCCAGUAUACCCUGGAAAUGAAACGCAAUGAGAUCCAGAGGCUGGAGAUGCUGGCAAUCCGGGAGGAGAACAGGCUGGAGCGGGCGGAAAAGUUCCUGGAGAAGGAUGCAGCCUUGUUUGAUGAGUUCCUCAAGGAGAACGAUCGCAGCUCAGUGCAGGCCUUGAGACUGGCUGAGAAGGAGACCAAGAUCAAGACAGAGAAGAUCAAUGAAAUUCGUGACAUCACCGCUCAGAUCGUGAACAUCAAAAGUGAGAUCUCCAAAUUCGAAGACACUCUGCAGCACUACAAGGUCUACAAGGACUUCCUGUACAAAGUGUCACCCAAGGAGUGGCAGGAGAUGCAGGAAGAGAAGCGCUUGGCUGCCAAGAAGUCCAAGGUGAUUACCGAGGUCAGCAAGGAGCAAAGCACAGUCUCCUCUGUAGGGGACAAAGAAACUGGCGUUAGAAGCAGAACAACCUUAUCGUGGACCCGAGUGGUGCAGAGCAAGAGGUCCGCGAAGCUCCUGCACUUGCGGUUGGGGCAGACCCAGUCCAGCAACCCAAAGUUCCCACAGCGCAGUCAACCCAGCUUGCCCAGCAGGCUGGACACCAGAGUGUCAAGCUCUACGGUCCAGUCACAGGAAGACACAGACAGUGAUGGGGAGGAGCUGGCAUUAUACUUCACGGAGCCCCAGCAACUGCUGGAUGUCUUCACAAAGCUGGAGGAACAGAACCUGUCACUUAUCCAGAACACACAAGAAAUGGAGGAGACGUUGGAGGAGCUCAACUUGUCUCUGAAAACCACCCAAGUGCGCAUGGACAGAGAAGUCAACCAGCUGAAGCAGUGGAUCACUACGAUGAUGAUGUCCAUCACCAAGGAGGAGGAGACACUGGCUGAGCUGCAGCUCAAAGCCCGUGUCUUCCACUUCGGGGAGUACAAGGGUGACCAGCAGGACAAGCUGCUAGAGUCUCUGAACUUCAAGGUGCUGGAUGUGUACCGGCGCUGUGCAGGCACACAGCAGGAAGCUAACCUGGGCACGGUGCAAAUGCUGAGUGUGGUAGAGCACCAGCUGGGUGAGCUGCUGGAGAACCUGGAGCGUGUGCCCCAGGUCAAGAUCGAGCAGGCUGAGAAGGCCAAGGAGAGGGAGCGGCGCAUUAGGAUGCGGGAAGAGAAGGCCAAGAUGCAAAAGCUGUUGCAGGAAGAGCGUCUACAGCGGGCCCGGGCUCGGGCCCAGGCUGACAUCAAGAGGAAGCGAGGCAGGAGGCUGAUGUGCCGCUCCCGCCCCCCGGUUAUUAAAGCAAAGGAGACAUCGAAGCUUGGCAUGGUGGACAAGGACAAUGAGGAGAUGCUCUUCUUCUUCACUUAGCAGGCUGAGCUGCCUGAGGGCUUGGGCAGUUAGCUGAGGAGGCAGGGAUCGGACUGGAUCUGAGGGAACCCUAACUCUACUCUCAUGGUCUCCUGUCAGCUUCCUUACAGGAAAUA